AUGGAGAAUUUUCUCCUACUGAUGAAUAGCUUUAUUGACUUGUGGAAGAUCCCCAGCUCCAUGUCCACACUAUUGGACAUGAGCUUUGCCGUUAUGUGCGGAGUGGGACUCUUUUAUCUACUAAUCCCAUUCCUGAAUGAGUAUCCAGACUCACCACCACCUGGGAGCAAAAAGAACAUCCAAAAGGUGGUGAAGAGGGCGCAGAGCAAGGGCAGAAAGAAAACUGCUACUGUGAAAGCUUGCAGAAAGAGCCAAAAGAAUGCGCAGGAUACCCAGAAUGCAUCACGGUCUAUGGAAAGCCCCUCUCAGCAUCCUUUACUGGACUCCUCUCCCCACUCCCCUUGGAACUCUAAGGAGAAACUGAAUCAUCUUUCUCUCCCUCAGUUGUUUUCUUACCUCAAGGUCUUAGAGGAACUUAUACACCAGAAAUUUAACCAACUCUUAUGGGGUAUAUCCUCUGUGUUCUCUGAGUCAGUUGUGGCUACUGCCUGGGUCUCCAGAAAAUCCUCCUCAGGAGAUCGUAAAAUUGUGAGGUUUAGUGAUACACUUGACUCUGCCCAAGCUACACCUCCAGCUACAGGGCCUCCAGAGCUUUGCCAGGACCAGACAUUGCCCAACCAACAUGUGAGACCAAGCAUGGCAGAUGUGACAGAGGUUCAGAAACAAGGAAACCUCCCAACCUCUAUACUAAAUCAACCACCUCCUUCAUUCCAGAGUAGGGCCCUUAGACGAACAUGUUCCACCACUGAGAUAGGCAUACAGGCAUCCCUUUCAAUUGAAAAUGAGCCCCAUCAACCUGACCUGAAUUUGCAAGACAUUGCAGGCUGUAAUAUCCAAAAACGUCAACCAGCCAGUGGCCAAGCCACUGACUUGUCCAGGGGCACCCUGCCCAUUAAAACUAUCAGGUCAGCUGCCAUCCUCCCUGAGCACUAUCAAAUGGCCCACCAUCAUGAGGAGCCACACCAGGAAGAGAAGGCAAUUAACAAGGGAAAAGAACAAGUAAACCAUGUCCGAUUCCUCCCAUCUAAGGAACUGCUACAGCUUCAGGGAGAUUUCCAACCAAACAAGGACCAGCCUAAACUCAACCAGCCUGCCCAGCCCUCCAUCCUCAACUCCGAAAGCUACAAGUGCAGUCAGAUGUUGGGGUCUGUACCUACAGGGGUGGUCUUAAAGAAGGCCAUAGCAAAGUAUGGCAUACCUAACACCAUCAAGAAGGAAGUAAGUGUUAGAGUCAAAGACCUGCCUUGUUCUUCAAGCAGCACCCCUGGGAAGGGUCUGGAACCUGGGAAGCCUCCACUGAGGACAGACAAGCUGUCCACUAUGAACACAACUGAGGACCUUUCAUUCCUUGAUGCAAAAACACAAAUGAAUCUGGAAUCAAACAUCAUGCAGCUUCCUGGGAAACACCAAAUAUUACCCUGUGUUUCUAAGGCUGAAUAUUAUUCCAAGGCUGCCAUGAUCCUAGAAAAAUUGCAUCACCAAGAUCCAGGGGGGACAAGGGUAGAUACUGUAUCAUCAACAAGUCUUCGAAGUCCUCUGUUUGAACACUCAUCUACAGAGGUUCAAGAGACCCAAAGAGCCCCUCUACCUUCUGCCAGCCAUGGGCCCUCAGAUCAAUGGCUGAGAAACAAGAGUGUUGAACCCCAUACUUUCUGCUUGCAGGCAAAAACUCAACAGAGCAGGACUAUCCUAGGAACUGGGAGGGGCAUCCUGAAACGAAAUAACAGCCCAGAAAUGUUCAAGUAUACAUCAUGGAAGAUGUCUGAGGAUGUGGUCUCAGGACAUCCCAGCUGGAGUGCAACAACUGUGGGCCUGAAAGACAGUGUCCCAAUUUCUGUGGCUGAAGAUAUCAACACAUUGAAGUUAAAAGAAGAGCCACCUCAUGCAUCCAGAGUGAAUCUGGGAUCAGGUGAGAAUCCUUAUGGGCAAGCUAUCAAUUUCAGUCUCAAGGACCUUGAGUCUAUAGAGGACAGAAGAAGCCCAGGCAAUCUCCAAACACGUACCCCACAAAACUCAGGGGACUUCUAUUUAAAAACAAAAGAGUAUGAUAAGAUUGACUUGAGAGCAAAAAAGCAGACACAGGCCUGGCCUGUGAGCCAUCAUCCAGAUGCCUCCAAUAUAGUACACCCUGCCAAUGUCAGCUUGCCUUCACAGUGCUCACUGUCCAGCUUCCAGAAUAGAUCCCCAAACCCCAAGACUUUCAAAGGUUUAGGUGAUCUCCUCAUGAGUAUGAACACUCGGGAGUUCAGAGUCCACAAGGAUAAGAUCGAAGCAAGGAGUGAGAGUGUAUUUCAUUCACAUCAAGAAAGGCCUAGUAUUUUGAAAUCUGGAGGCAUAAACCAGGGACAAAGUCUUGGAAGAGUAAAGUCUUCUAUCCUGAGCUCCACCCAGCUCAAGGAUACAGACAAGACUGAGAGUCGGUCCUCCCUUGAUAUAGCAGGGAAAAGAAAGGCUCUUUCUAAAAGCUCCUUGACAAACAUCACCAGAAAUGCUGCACAUCAUGAAAACCUCAGCACAGAUUACAAGGAGCAGAGGGAUUCUUGGAAAGAAGAAAGGCCCCCACCAGUUACUGAGCAGACACAGGAGGUAGUAGAUAGAGUGAACCUCAUCUACAGCACAGCAGUUGAACUGCAAUCUCUAAUGAACGCUCUGGUCCAGAACCUGACGAAUAAUGUAGGUGAUCCACCAAAACUCACCAUAGAUCCUGUGACCCAAUUACAAGACUAUAAAGUAGACCCAUUGACAUUCCAGCUGGGUGGCUCUUCUCACUCUCCUGAUGGCCUCCAUGACCCAGACCAGACCAGACCAGCAAGAAGAAUGAGCAGUGGCCAUGCCAGCUCUAAGGAGCACAGUCAUCCUUGCACAUACGGAGAAACUGGUGACAAACUGCAGCCACGCGUUGAUACCCACAGAGCCUAUGACCAAGAUCAGAAUAAAAUGAAGAAAGAACUAGGCUUUGAAGAGCUCCCCAUUCCCUCGGGCAAUGACCAUCUAGGUUGUUACAGGAGAGUGGAAGACGAGCAGAAGUCAGGUCUUGCUGAACAGAAAGCAGGUGACCCAGAUCUAAUUGGAAUGGAGACUGGAGUCAGAGGCUUUCACCGGAUAAGCAUCAAGGAGCAUACCCAUUCAAUCAAAUACACAAAAAUUAGAUACAAACAGAAGCCACGUGUUGACCAGAAAGCCUUUGAUGCACAUCAACAUACAAAGAAAGGAAUGGGCCAUGGUCACCUUAUGAAUCCCAAAGAGUACCAUCCAGUCAAGAACAGGGGAAAUGGAGGCCAGGAGCAGUCAGAUGUUGCUCCCCAUGGAGCCUCUGACCCAGCUGAAAUUAAGACCAAGAGUGGAAGGGAGGGUUCUCCACAUAGAAGCCCCAAGAUGCAUAACCGUUCACACAGAUACAAAGAAACCGGAGGCAAACCACAGCCCAGUGUUAAUGACCAGAGAUCGGGUGAACAGCAUCGGAAUAGCCAGAAGAGAAGAAUAACCUAUGACAACCUCCUCAACCCCAAGGGGAAGAACCAUCCCUGUUGGCACAGGGUAACUGGAGACAAACAGCAGUUAGAGCUUGCUGACCAGAGAGCCUAUGACUCAGAUCAAAGUACAAGGAGUGGAAUGGGCUCCUGUCCACAAAGAAGCCCCAAGGGGCAACGCCGUUCAUUCAGAUGCAGAGAAGGAGAAACAGUGCUGUCCUCUGCAAUUUCCCAGAGAACCUGUGACCAACAUCCACGCAGUGAGAAAGGAAAAGGCUUUGACCACCACCCCACUCCCCAGAGGAACUGCCAUCCACACAGUUCCAAAGUUGUUGGAGACGAGCAGCAGUCACGUCUUGCUCACCAGAGAGCCUAUGAUGCAAAUAAAAAGAAGAGUGGAGUGGACAGCUGUCGAUUUACAUGCCCUGAGGGCUACAACUUUUUAGUCAGAUAUGGAAUAAUUGAAAAUAAGCAGCAGCCAGGCAUUGUCCCUAGAGCCUGUGACCCACAUCAAAAUACGAAAGAAGGAAUGGGCCAAGCUAUGAGUCCCAAAGAGAACCAUCCAGUCAAGGAAACCGGAACUGGAGGCCAGGACCAGUUAGGUGUUGCUGCCCAGGGAGCCUCUAACCUGAGGUAG